GGUUCGAGAAUUUUCAGAUGGAAGGACCAAGUUGAGUGAUGAAGCAGUUGCGCAUUGGGGCAUAUCUUGAAACUUACAGACAGGGAAAUGUUUGCACACUUGUCAAAUACUGGUGCUGAAAGUCUUCAUUUUGCAUUCCCUGUGCUUCUGAUUCUAUUUCAACGAGAGCUAUCUUUUAAUGAGGCUCUUUUUAUGUGGGAGAUGAUAUGGGCUGCUGACUUUGAUGAAUCCCUGGCUUACAAUUUAGAGGAGAACCAUCUGGAGGCAUUAAUCAUAGAGCUCCCAAGGGACUCUGGAUCAGAAAUGAAAGAGGAAGGCACAGAAUAUGGAAAUAGUAGUUUAAAGGGCACCUUACAGUCAAACCAAGGAACUGGGGAGCAUUGGAUACCUGAUAAUUAUGGAAUAAAAUCAGCAUCCACUUAUCACUUUUGUGGCUUGACAAGGAGUUUUUGGUCUAAAAAUGAACACCUACAAACAUGCAGUAUUAUCUUGACUGGGAAUGGAGAUGAUGAGCAACCUGUCUUUUGUGUAGCAGCAGUUCUUAUCAAGAACUGCCAUAAGAUUGUCAAGGAAACCCAUUCAAUUGACGACAUGAUAAAGAUUUUCAAUGAUAAGCUACUGAAGAUACGUGUCAAAAGUGCAUACAAACAGCAAUCAAAAUCCAGAAAAAUACUUUUCCAAGCUAAUCAAGGAGCAGAGUUCUAUGGCUUCUUAUUCCAAGUAGGUCCAUGCCAUUUCCUGCCUAUUCUGGUGGAAAUGGCAGUCGGCGCUAUUCUGUGGAGCCUAGAAUCCCUACUGAGGACAUGGCAUGAGAAAAUUUGGUUGCCUCUGAUCUUUAAUGAUUGAGGGUUAGAAAGCAGAAAUUUGUUGUUGAAAGAUUCAUCCAACAUUUGCACCUAUGUUACUCAUUCAAAUCUAUCAUGAAUUAAUUUAUCAUCUGGUUCACUUUACAUUCUCUCCUGCAAUGAUAUCUAUCAUCUGAUGCAAAUGAACAUAUUAAAUCCAUGUAGAAGAUCUGUGCAAUUAGCUGACUGAAACAAUAUGCAGUCUGAGUUUUUCAUUUUUUCUCAUUUUGAAGUCACUGGAAAGAUCGGGAAGAAGAUUGAAAGAAGAUACAUUUUUCUUGUGGUGCAGCUAGGACUGUGAACUGAGAGUGAUCUGUCUCUUCCUUUUAAAAAAAGACUAUGAAGCUUCAUAUACCUUUAGGACAGGAAAUCCAUUCUUAUUUGUGAAUCUGCAAUGCCUGCAACUGCAUGUCUCUCUAUCCUUUUCACUUAUAACACUGAUUUCUUCCAACCAUCCAACCAAGUCAUGGACAGAGCAUAUAGAGCAUCAGGUUUUCCGUUAGUCAUCAAACCCGGCUGGCAAGCUCUUUGACGAAUGACGGUCUGCUGGGUAUCAAUAUGUAUAAUUCAGUUUGUGCUCCUGGACAUGAAUCAAUCCCUUAUUGAUGC